CAUGAAAGCAAAACUUAUAUUUUGAGUCUCUUUAUCUUGAUUGUGGACUGAUUUUUGCAUCUAUUGUUAAUUUAAGAAAAGAUUCAUGAAGUCAUCUAACUUGAACCAUUCUACCAUUGAAUAGAGUAGCACAAAUAAUAUGCUUAUGUAUAUUUUUUUUCUAGCAUCUUUUAUUGAUGCAUUGGCUCCGGCAAAACUUGAAGGAAUUCUCAUGAGCCACCCUUCCAUUGAAGAUGCAGCUGUUGUUCUGCAAAAAGAUGAUGUAGCUGGUGAAGUUCCAGUUGCUUUUGUGGUGAGGUCAUCAAAUGAUCCUAUUACUGAAGAUGCUGUCAAGGACUUUAUAGCUAAACAGGUAGUAUUUUACAAGAGGCUAUAUAAAGUAAUUUUCAUUGACGCAAUUCCAAAAUCUUCAAUUGGCAAGAUAUUAAGAAAAGAACUCAAGAGUGGCACUUAUUACGGAGCCCCUGUUUAUGAUGGUUAUGGAUAUGCAUUGCCUCCUCCUCAUGAUCCAAGCAUAUAUGCUGCUGCCUACGCUGCUUACCCUAUCUGA